AUGAUGAAUAAAAGUGAUAGAUAUUUUAUAAGUAAAGAGAAUAUAGGCGAUUCUGAGUAUAGACAGUUUCAUGAGGAUGGUUUUGUGUUUAUUAAAGAUGUUAUAAGUGGUGAUGAAGUAAAGAAUCUACAUAGCAGAGUGGCACCUCUAUUCGAUGGUAAAUUCGAAACAGGCAUCUACCCAGAUGAAUGGUAUUGGAGAAAAGGUUUAUCAAGAGAUGAUAUCACUAGAGAGAUGGUUAAUGCUUGGAAAUGUGAUAGAUCGUUUGCCACGAUUGCUUUACAUGAGAAAAUGGGUGCAAUUGCCGCUAAACUAAUGGGUUGGAGGGGUGCAAGAUUGGCACAAGAUGAUAUAUUUUGGAAACCAACUACAGGUAAACCAAUUGGAUUUCAUCAAGAUCAACCUUAUUUCAAUUUCUUCACACCAAGUGAAGUUGUCACUAUCUGGGUUGCUCUAACCAAUGUCAGUAUGCACAAUGGCACACUGGAGUAUGUGAAAGGAUCUCAUAGAUGGCCGGUUACACACAGCCAUAGCGAUGCUGGAUUUCAUGCACCGGACGACUAUCUCGCAAAGCUAAACGAGGCUGCCAAGAAGGUGAACUUGUCCGAUAGCUACGAGAGAGUGUCGUGUGAUUUCAGCGCUGGCUCGUGCAGCGUACAUCAUGGAAUGAUGUGGCACGGCUCAGCAACCAAUCCAUCGCCGACAGUCGAACGUGUCAGUAUGGCACUCCACUAUAUCUCAUCGGAAAGUCAAUUCAAUGAGCAAGUACAAGCUGGCUACAUCUAUGGAAGAUACAAAAUCUUUGGUUCAUCGAGACUCGAAGAAUCGUUCUUCCCAAUCGUGUAUCGUGACGAUGGAUAUCGAUCGGAAUGUAUAAAGUCAUUUACAACAACAACAACAACAACUUAA